ACCUACAGACAUAAUUAUUUGGGCAACCAAAAGCUGGACUCAUUCUCAUUUUCUGCUGGGUACAAUUCUGCUGAGUCUGGCAGAUGUUGCCCUUUGUCCCCUUCCCCUUCAGCUCCCCAGGGGGCUGAGCCAAUGGCUGAAGGAGUAUGGGCAGAAGAGUGGCUGACCCGACCAAUCCGGUGCCUACGCUAGGUGUUCCUCUAGCCGGGGGACAAUGGGGCCCGCUCUGCAGUGUUGGGGUGCAGACAUCUCCGGGACUGCGGACACUGCCCUCCAUCAAACGACGCAGCAGUCAAAAAAGCCACAAACAUCCACUCACUAAAGCAACUGAUAAAGCAAUGACAGCAGAGACAGGGGGCGCCAUCCGAAGUGACAACAACAGUUUGCCACUGUCCAAGGAGACGUCACAGAACGAAAUCAACAGCCAGACAGAUGACAUGGGGUCACAGGGGUCAGGCAGUGGAGUUUACUGCCAGAUCAAAACUGUACAAACAAAUUUAAAGGAUGUGAGAGUCAAAAGGACAGCUCAGUAUGCAAAUGGCAGUGUGGUAACCUCUGAUGUAGUGGGAGGAGUUUGCAGCGAGACCUCUGAGAUCAAAGAGUCGGCCCGAGAGAGGAGGAGGGUGCAGUCUCUACGCGGGGAAGGUCAUCGUGCCGUGUUGAAGCCAGGGAGUGUUUGCACCGUACACGCCACCACGCCUUGGCCCUGCCGAAUGAUUGCAACAUCUCCGUCCCGCCUCUGUGGGACAUGUGGGCGGAGACGAUCGCAGAUUACACCAUGCACAGGCGCAUGCCGCAAGAGGCCUGUCAAUCAAAUUACAGCCAGCCAGACUUUACCCAAUCCUGCACGAAAACCAUCUGCAGCCACCAGCCAGACGCGAAAGGACAGCCCUCUUCAGGACUCAAAGACUUACACAAACACCACAGAAACAAUGCUCAUGUCAGCACACACUUCUACAAAGGCAACUCAAAUACAACAGCUGUCACACACGAUACCAAAAAUGCACAGUUCACAUUCCAACCAAAAAUCCAAAGACUCAAAGCAACCCUCAAGACCACUUUCUGCUGAAUUUACUCAAUACAAGGACUCAGCCACACAAACAACAGACACAGAGAGUGCUGCAGUAAUCACAGACACACAAAAAACACAAACUCCACCUGCAGAUGUGACAGAACCACAUUUAGCCAACAAACAGAACCAUGACCUGACUAAAACCCAUCAGGAUGAUGAACACACACUCAAACAGUCAUCAGCCAACACCAACCCCAAACCUCCAGAUCCUUCUGUCACAGAUGAAACCCCGCCUCUCCCUCCAAAAAACUCUCCAAAACCCAUUCAUUCCAAAACAUCCACACCUGUCGCACAAAACAAACCACAGGCAUCCCAACAAAUGUCUUCAGGAGAAGGGCCAAAAUUUAAGGAGAUUACAAAACAGAAAAGUGAAUGUUUCGAGAAUGACCCAAUGGCGCCUUGUAAGACUCAUUUAAAAGCACAGUGCAAUGGCGCACCUGGCGGACUGCGUGACGGACAUACAGGGAGCAGUGCGCCGCGCGGGCUUGAGAAGCAGCUGCUGAGUGUGGAAGAGAACCUCCUGUCCAAUCAGGAGAAGAUUAAGGUACUCCUAAACGUCAUUCAAGACCUGGAGAAGAGCAAAGCCCUCAGUGAAGGUCGCAGCUCUUACAGAACGGGUCAGGACAUUAACAACUGCCCCACCUGCCAAAAGACAGCCUGCAUCAUCUACAGUGUGGAGCAUGAUUUCCGACAGCAGGAGGGAUGCCUCCAGGGUGUUAUGGAAGCCCUGGAGGGAGAGUACGAUGUGCCUACUCUUACUCUGACCAAGCCAAAUCCAGCCCCCUCCUCCUUGUCCUCAUCCUCUUCCGCCCGCCCCAGCACCAAAGCACGCGUCAAGAAACUCCGCAAGAAAUGUUUCUGGUGGCUCUAGGUGUUUCCAGCUGGCAGAUGCUUAUUGAUGUGGAUUAUGUUUCAGGGGUGGCAAAAUCCCCCGAAACAUCUAAAGUAAAACUCUCUCAUGGUCCUGUGGGUAUGCAGUGUGCUUAAGCGUCACGAUAAUCAGGUUUUCCAGCGGCAUCUCUGUAAAUGGCACUUUCUCAUUGGCAAUCUAUCUUCUGAAAAUAUACAUCAGGGGACCAGAUGAAGAAAGGCAGCCCAGACAAAACUAAAGGACCAAAGGUGCUGCUUAGGUUUUUGUCAGGUCUGAUGGAAGUGGAAUAAGAGAUUGUUCAAAUGUUCUCUCUGUGGGAGUCAGACCUACAGCCAGUAUUUCACAAUUAGUUUUUUUUUUUUUUUUUUGGACAGAAACUGAGGAUAUUGGUUUCCUGUAACAACUGUGUACUAGCAAGGAGACGAACUGACACUGUGGAUCGUUGACCGGCAUCUCAGUUUGCAGUUUGAUUAAGUGGCUCUCCAGACGGGUGUAUGUAUGGAUUUACGCCAAAUUGGAUUCAUGCCUGCAGCUGAGAGAUGUUCUCUGACAAUAACGGUGACAAAUUACAGCAGUAAGCAGCGGAAUUUAAAAGGAUUUUGGAAAUCCUUGGAUUUUAAACAUCUCAUUGUAAUACUGUGUCUUCAGAUGCUUGGCACAUGGAAUUUGAAUGUAGCAAUGAUUGGAAGUGCUGAGAGAGAUAUGAGCCAGAACCAGCCCGGGAGCUUGAAGCAGUUCGCUGGAUGGGUAUCAGGGAUUUGGACAGUACACUGGAUAUUGUGCUGGAAAUAAGACAUUGUGGUAGGAAUCACAUCAAAGACCAGCAGGCAGUGUUGACUGAAAAAUUCUGUCAUGUUUGAGUGGCAGAAUGGUUGAUUCUUUAGUGUCAUAAAAAACAGACAUGUUUUGCUGUACUGCUGUUUAUACUGGACUAGAUUUCACACGUGCACAUGUGCAUACAGUACAGAUUUACUGUGUACAUCAGAGAUGGCCAAUAGUGUGCCAUGAAGGGCAAUGACAGUACAGGACUUCCUUCCAACUGUUCACCUUAGCAGGCAAUCUGACAGGUGAGCUUGACUUUACAUUGGGGGAAGGAGUCCAUCAGUGAAACCAUGUGUGGAGGUGAUCAGUUCCCAUUAAAGCCUGCACCUUCUUGGUCUUUGUUGCACACAUUGAGUCUAAUCACACAUACAUAUACUUGUUACAGUGCAAACUAGGGGUAGAUCUGAUAUUUACUGAACUAUACUCAUAUUUCAAGAUAGCGUAAGAGGUUUGCACACUUGCCUCCCCAAACAAAAGGCCCAUGGUGCAAAGCAACCAGUGUUUCAUUCUCCCUGUACAUCUACAGUUGCAUCAGGAAGGGCAUAAAAGUCAUGCCUAAUCAACAUGUGGCCCACACCAGAUCAGCUGUUGCAACCAUGAGCAAAAACAGGAGCAACCAAAAGAAAUUAAUUAAUAUUUUAUAGAUAUAUGAAUUAUGCAAAAUGAAAUAAGAAAUUGAAAAAAUCUGCAUAAAUGCACUUAAUCUGUUGGUAAGAUGCCAUGUGGAGAUCCCCAAAGCCAUUAGUUUUAAUUUACACAAACACCUAGCAA